GUGUGCGUUAAGAAGUGCCCUUCAGCUUUUUGGUUUUUGCCCCUGAAGGCAUUCAUUGCAGGGGCAAAACCCAGUGAAUUCUUCCAACAGGAGUUGUGUGACCUCAGUUUGGACCUUGCUCGGACCACAAUGGUCUGGUGAUCACAUUGGUGGUAAGUAUGGUGCUUAUUCUGCUGAUGACAUUCUGCAUGUCAGUGGUGGUCGUACUGCUUCUUGUUAGUGUUCUAUUACUGGACACAUAUGGUAGGUUUCUGAUUUUCCUAAACACUGAUCCUAGCAUACCGCUGAUGCUGAUUUACUUACAUGCUUGCGAGUCCUGCAUGUGAGAGAAUCAAUAACUGAGUGAAUAACUGACUGUAAACACUGUAGUUACUUUUCAGAGCUUCUUGAGCAAUUUACUGAAGAAAUCUCAUUUACUGGUAAAUGAGAAAUCAGGAAAAUUAUUGUUAUUGUUGCUAUUAUUAUUAGUCACUGAAACGUUAUUUCACGUUAUUUAUAUUGAUUAUUCUGCCUUAAAAUAUUGUAAGCAGUUUAUCUUAAGACUUGUAAGUCUUACACAUAUAUUUUGUUUCAGUUUCACAGUACAAAUACUGAAGAGAUAAAAAUGAUGUACAGAAAGGAGAAAAACGAGUAUGGAAAGUGUCGAUUUGUUUAUUUAUUUUUUGAGCCUGAAAGAAAAAUCUAUGUAACGGUCGGGAGAUGCCGCCUGAAGCGGGGAUUGAACCCAGAUCUGCUUGGUAGUCAGACCCAUAGGCAGGAGAAAAACCAGGCACUGCUUUAUGCACAUAAAACCAAACUAACUCCAGCCAUUGUAACAGCUGCAACGUUCAAGGGCCUUCAGUGUCCAACGACUCAAAUACGUUUACACACUUUCACAUAUUUUUACCUAGAUAACGACAAAGUUUAAUAGGCCAGGCUUUUGCUCUGUGUGUAGGUGUGGAAGAACUGUUAAGAACUGCCACUCAGCAUUUUGGUUUUUGCCCCCGAAGGCAUUCAUUGCAGGGGCAAAACCCAGUGAAUUCUUCCAACAGGAGUUGUAUGACCCCAGUUUGGACCUUGUUCAGACCACACUGUGGUGAUUGUGUCCCUGCUGGAGUUCAUCCUGUUGAUGCUGUUUGUGUCAUGUUUAAGAAAAGUUAGCAUUCAUUGCAGGGGCAAAACCUAAAGAAUUCUUCCAACAGGAGUUGUGUGACCCCAGUUUGGACCUUGCUCGGACCACACUGACAAUACAAGAGAUCCUGAACAAAGAUCUGUGCCCAGCAUAUUAUAUGUCAACCAAACAAGUUCAGGGAAAAUGUUUGCCAAGUUUUGACCCAAAGGACAUUCCAUCAGAUUUCAGUGUCCCUGGAUUAACUUUGGAUGAAAAAACACUGAAGAACAUAAUGGAUGCUACAAGCGCUCUCCGUUCAGGAUUUAAUGCGAAAUCCAUGAAAGUCAGGAUCAUUGAAGACCUUGCCUUUACGUGGUAUUGGAUAUUAAUAGGUUUGGUGAUCACUUUGGUGGUAAGUAUGGUGCUUAUUCUGCUGAUGCGAUUCUGUGUGUCAGUGGUGGUCGUGGUGCUUCUCGUCGGUGUUCUAUCAGUGGGAGCAUAUGGUAGGUUUCUGAUUUUCUUGAACACUGAUUCUGGCAUACUGCUAAUGCUGAUUUACUCACAUGCUCACGAGUCCUGCAUGGCAUUUACCAGUGCUACCAGGGUUAUCAGGCAAUCAUCACUGCCAGUGUACUAUAAAGUUGCACUGAAUUCAUCAAAUCCAGAAUGUGCUGUCAUCACAGGCAACCAACCAUGUGUCCCAGAGUCUUUCAAGGCUUCGGACUACCCCAACUGUCCUGUGCGCUGUGUCUUUGCUCAAUAUGAUGAGGAAGGUGGGUUUCUCCAGAGAUAUGCCAAAUACUUUCAGAUUUAUAAUUUCCUGGCAUGUUUCUGGUGUCUUCAUUUUAUCAUCGCAUUGAGCCAGUGCACACUUGCCAGAACCUUUAGUACCUACUACUGGUCUUUGAGUAAACCACAGACCAUUAGGCGUUCUACUCUCUGCAGAGCAUUGUUCCAGACAUUACGGUACCAUACUGGCUCCUUGGCAUUUGGUGCUGUCUUUGUUAAUAUGUUCCAGGGCAUCCGGAUUGUGCUGCAGUAUCUUAAAAAUGUCACCAAAGGUGGACAGAGAUGCAGUUGGUGCUGUUGUCCUCUGAUUAUCAUCCUGAGAUCAUGCUUCUGCGCCUUGGAUACCGUCAUCAAAUACUUCAACAGGAACACAUACAUAAUGAUCGCGGUCUAUGGAGACAACUUCUUCAUAUCAGCUAGGAAUGCUUGCAUGCUCUGGGGAAGGAAUAAGGACCGAGUACUGGUGGUGGACCGAGUUACAGACUUGCUGCUGUUCUUCGGAAGACUGCUCGUGGUUGGAGCAAUAGGUGUUUUGGCUUUCUGCUUCUUCUCUGGAGAAAUCAGAGUGUCAGCAGACAUCUUCCAGGCUGAGCUGCUAAACUUUUGCUGGCUGCCUAUUCUUGUCCUGAUGGUUGGAUCGUACUUCAUUGCUCUCGGCUGCUUCAGUGUGUACAGCAUGGGUGUGGACACGUUCACCCUGUGUGUCAUGGAUGAUCUGGAGCGCCAUGAUGGGACUCUACAGAGACCCUACAUGUCAAGGAGCAUGAUGGAGAUCCUUCAAAAGCAAAACGAAUUUGAUGUUUAAUAAAAACAUUUGAACAUGUACAGUAUCUCACAAAAGUGAGUACACCCAUCACAUUUUUGUGAAUAUUUUAUUAUAUCUUUUCAUGCGACAACACUGAAGAAAUGACACUCUGCUACAGUGUAGCAAGAAAGAGAGUGCUUUGCCAUGAGGUGCCAUGUUAACUUCCAGUGACCAGUGAGAGAGUGUGAGCGCGAUAACCCCAAAUUUAAUACGCCUGCUCCCCAUUCACACCUGAGGCCUUGUAACAAUAACGAGUCACAUGACACCGGGGAGGGUAAAUGGCUAAUUGGGACCAAUUUGGACAUUUCCACUUAGGGGUGUAGUCACUUUUGUUACCAAUGGUUUAGACAUUAAUGGCUGUGUGUUGAGUUAUUUUGAAGGGACAGCAAAUUUACACUGUUAUAC